AUGUCCUGCUUUGUGCUGAAGUACCAGCAUAUCGGUACAAACCGCAAGAGCGAAUGGUUGAUAGUCACAAGGAGCGCAGCAGAUGAUCCACGAGAUGGGCGAUUGACUGGCAACGUCUGUUUCAUACGAAGAACAAAGUCAUUGAGAUUAGCCUUCAGUGACGACGCUGGCCAGAUGAGAGAUGAUCCGCAGGAUGGCAGUGUUGAACUUCGAGAUUUCCGUUGUACGGGGAUGGUUGGCUCUGGCCCCAAGCUACAUCUGAAAUUUGUUCAACACCCAGAAGUGACUGAUUGCAGAUACCUUGUUUGUCCUGACGGCUCAAGGGCCAUGAUCUUCCUCGGGAUCUACCACAAGGAUGGCGAGCUUGAAUUCAUGCCGGGGCUGAAGCAGAUGCUCACUUAUGGUCAGCGUUCUGACGUGGACAAGUAUUUCCGGCUUGAGGCGAAAAGGUUCCUGGACAUAAGCUUAACUCCAGCACCUGCCGAAGAGGAAGAAGACGAAGAGCUCGACGAUUAUACAGCAUUAAAGGAAUGGAAUUGGGUUGGUGCACCGUUGAUGCCAAUGUAA